CUCAAUUAUCAGACAACUUCCUAAUAACAAAUCUCCAGGAAUAGAUGGCCUUAUAUACGAGUUUUAUAAACUUAUAGAAGAAUAUAUAACGCCAAUACUAGAGAAAAUCUUCAAUCAGAUUCUGGAGUCUGGAAUUCUUCCAACCUUAUGGUGCAAGAAUCUAAUAAUUUUGAUUUCUAAAAAAGCAACAGAUCUUAGCAACCUGGACAACUGGUGGCCAAUUUCAUUAGUAGCUAACAGGCUAAAUAAAAUUUGUGACACCCUUAUUCCUAGUUAUCAACAAGAAGCACAUAUUGUAGAUUCAGGUGAACUUUCAAGUCCCUUCAGAGUAGAAAGGGGGGUUCGACAGGGAGAUCUUCUCUCUCCUCUUUUGUACACUUUAGCUUUUGAGCCUCUACUAAUAACGAUAGAGUCUAAAAUUCGAGGAAUUCCAGUACAGAAACAACAUUUUAAAACAGUUGCCUAUGCAGACAAUCUAACAAUAGGAAUAGGUUGCCCUUCAGAUUGGAAUACA